AUGAAGUACUUGGCUGCUUACUUGUUGUUGAACGCCGCUGGCAACUCUGCCCCAUCCGCCGAAAACGUGAAGACCGUUUUGGAGUCCGUCGGUAUCGAAGUCGAAGAGGAAAAGGUGUCCUCUUUGUUGUCCGCUUUGGAGGGCAAGUCCGUUGAGGAAUUGAUCGCCGAAGGUAACGAGAAGUUGUCUGCUGUCCCAGCCGCUUCCGGUGCUGCCCCAGCUGCCGGUGCCGCCGGUGCCGCCGCUGAAGCCGAGGAAGAAGCUCCAGAGGAAGCCGAAGAAGAAUCCGACGACGACAUGGGAUUCGGUUUGUUCGAUUAA